GCAACCUUCUGAUUACUGGACCAGUACCUUAACCACUAGGCUACAACUGCCCUAAUUUACUUUAUAUAAUUAAUGUAUUACACCUGUCAGCUAUUGUUUGGCUGAAACAUAUGAAUUCAGAAAUUAGAAAGGGUGUCCACACAGUAUAGCUUGUUAGUGAGGCAAUAGUUGAAAAAAGGUCUGAAAAGUGGUUAAAGAACAUGAUCAGGACUGAAAAAUGUCACGUUAAUAACUGAUAUAAUGCAGCUGCACAUCUGAUUUUUAAUCCUAAAUACUCCCUCAUCACCCCUGUGGUCUUGCUUCUACAGUUCCCCUGGAGAUUUCAUUGUUAUUGAAACUUCUUUGUUUGUUUCACAGAUUUUAAUUAUACAAAGAAAGGCCGUUAUUUAGAAAAGCAGAGUCUGUCCCUGUGGUUAGCUGGGGUAAGUCAUUUUCCAAUGUCAAUCGUGAUGCUUAUUAACUCUGUGUUUACUUUAUCAGACCACUCAUCUCAUAGAAGCAGCAGUGAAAAUACACUGGAAGUACGACAAAGCAGGGCAGCAGUCAUGGCACCAGAACCUAUUCCAGAAGACCUGGACAUAGCUGCUACAAGGGUUAAAAAGAAUCCCAGUGAGCGGGCUCAGAUCAUUAAGGCAAUGGAGAAGAACGAUUUUCUGAGUCGCCUGGACGAGGAACAGAUUAGCAUGAUGGUGGAACUGCUUUGCUCUCUGGACCGCUGCCCCGGUGAUGAGAUCAUCAAAGAGGGGACCGAGGGUGACAGCUUGUAUAUAGUUGCAGCGGGUGAACUCAGGGUCACUCAGGCAGGACGACAUCUACGAACUUUGACAUCAGGAGAUGUGUUUGGUGAACUGGCUAUUCUCUAUAACUGCAAACGGACAGCUUCAGUCACAGCGAACACGGCUGUUAAGUUAUGGUGCAUCGAGCGACAAAUAUACAGAAGCAUCAUGGCAAUCAAGUCCAAGAAGAAACGUGAACAACUGAAGGGUUUCCUUAAGACAGCUCGCACUUUUAAAUCCCUGAGUGAAGGACAGCUUUCCAGCAUCAUUGACUCUAUGGAGGAGGUGAAGUUCCAGGACAAUGAAGUGAUUGUACGUGAAGGUGCUGAGGGAGACACAUUUUACAUUAUUCUCGGAGGGCAGGUCUUGGUGACAAAGAAGGUGAACGGGCAGCAGAAAAUGAUCCGUUAUAUGGGUCAGGGGGAACAUUUUGGAGAGCUGGCACUCAUACGUGAGAUCUUAAGGACAGCUACCUGCACUGCUGUGGGUGAAGUCACCUGCUUCUCUAUUGAUAAAGAGGUUUUUGAGGAGACAGUUCCAAUUGAGAGUCUGGAGCUUCAUGAUGACAGUCCAGAUCUUCUAGAUAAUGUUGACACUACGGAAAAAGUGAGUCUAGUGUCCUCCCUGCAGCUGAAGGAUCUAAUCCCUGCCCUGUAUCAGGAGGGUCGUUAUCAGGGCAGCCCUGUCACCCUUGGACUGGGAGGAUUUGGACGUGUGGAACUGGUAACCACGCUGAAUCAUGGAAAAUAUUAUGCAAUGAAAAAGGUCAGCAAGAAGCUGAUUGUGGAGAAGAGGCAGACAGAACAUAUCCUGUUUGAGAAGAAGCUUUUGCUGGAUAUUGAGAGCGACUUUAUCGUCAGGUUGUACAGCACCUUUAAAGACUCGCGCUACAUCUACAUGGUGAUGGAGUUUUGCUCUGGGGGAGAGCUUUGGACCAAGCUCAAAGAAGUGAAUCGUUUUGAAGAGAGCGUUGCUGUAUUUAUAACAGCAUGUGUGGUCGAGGCAUUUUCUUAUCUCCAUAAGAAAAACAUUUUGUACCGAGACCUGAAACCUGAGAAUCUCAUGCUGGACUCUAAAGGAUAUGUCAAGCUGGUGGAUUUUGGCUUUGCUAAGCGGUUACAGAGAGGACAGAAGACCUAUUCUUUCUGUGGAACACCAGAAUACAUCGCUCCAGAGAUCAUUCAGAAUCAAGGCCACGACUUUGCAGCAGAUUUCUGGUCACUGGGCAUCCUGGUUUAUGAGCUUCUUGUAGGAAGCCCACCUUUUUCGAGCUCAGAGCCACAGAAGAUCUACACCAAGGUGUUGGACGGGGUGAUUAAGUACCCACCACUCAUGGGAGAGGCGGCUAGAUCUCUAAUAAGCAAGCUCUGCAGACCACGCCCAGGUCAAAGGCUAGGAAACACCAAAAAUGGAAUCAAAGAUGUCCGUAAUCACAGGUGGUUUACAAGUAUAAACUGGCACAAACUGAGAAUGACCCAGAUCGAGGCUCCGACAAUCAAGCUCAUCCGAAAGGGUCCAUGCUACAUCAACUUUGACCGUUUCCCCCACGAUAAGACUCUGGCAGACGAGGAGUUCUCUGGGUUUGAUGAAAAUUUCUGAUUAGCGGAUGAGUUCACUUGGACCUGCUACUCCAUCACAGUUAUGUGGAGUUCUUUUGGCUGAUCUCCUUUCCUGAAAGUUCUGUCUUGAAUAUGAAGAAGAAUUAUUCAGUCUCCCAAUCUCACCUCAUUAAGAAGAAAUCAGAGUCAGUUAUGGAGGCCAUCUGGAUCAUCUGGUGGUGAGAAUACUAGAGUUUAACAGAUGUCUAGAGAGCUUCAUAAAGUUUAUACUGUACAACAUUACCCAGGGAGAGAGACGUUUUUUUUUUUUACAGAGUAGGGUAAGGGUUGGGGUUGGCAUUCAUACACUAUAUGGCCAAAAAUAUGUGGACAGCUGACCAUGAGCUUGUUAGACAAAAUGGUCAAUAAUUUGUAUUUGAGUUUGCACUUUAUGGUAGCUGUAAUGAAUUAAAGAAUUGUAGUGUAUCUGUGGGAGUUUAUGUUUUUAUGCCUGAUGUUGCAUGAUAAGGCCUGGUAUGAAAUAAAUGUGCCCAUGAGCUAAGGCCAAAUGGUUCUGUGCAGACCGCCGGUGUUUUUUCACACCAACCUUAAACCAUGUCCUUAUUGACCUUACCUUACUUUAUUUAACUGAUUUUUUACACCUGGUACCAAUGGGUGUGGCAGAGCCACCUAAACUUAUUAAUUAGGAGGGGUGUCCAUAUACUUUUGACCAUAUAGUGUAGCUUUAAUUUUUGUUUGUCUAAUAUAUAACUUCUUUUUGUUUGUUUGUGAGAUCUCUGAUCUGAUUUUGUGUAGAAUUGGGUUAUACACAAUGUAACAUUGGUUUAUGUGCAGGAGUGUAUAAUGUGGACAUGAACACAAAAAGUACCAUCUGUCAUUCAUCAAUCAUUACAGGAGACCCGACCAAGACUAACAAAUCGUGUUUAUAAUUUUCACUUUGAAUGUAUAAAGUCUAGUGAGAUUCUAUAAAGCUUUUACAGACUGGAAUUAA